CAUAACACAACACACCCCAACCCCACAACCGCACAACCGACCAACAGAAUCGAAUAACCCAGCUAUUCUGCCUACUACUACCACGUACAGCUUUUUUCUUUCAUCGAAACUUGUUUCAAACAAACGAGCGGUUCUCCAUUCCAUCCCAUCCCAGCCCAGCCUGUAUUCUCUCUUCCCAAUCUAGCAAACAAAUUAACGAAACAAGGGCGCGGCUCUGGCGCCGGGAUUAAGGUGCGUAAAAUGCGAGGUGAGAGAGUGCGUUCGUGUGUGUGUGUGAGGGAGGAUGUGUGUGAUGGGAGAAUGAAAAGCAAGAGAGAGAGAGGGAGGAAGGGUGAGUGGGUGAGUGAGUGCCCGCUCGCCAGCAGCGCGCAUGCCAGCCUGCUAGCUAGCCAUCACACCCACCCGUCCCAUCCUAGUCCGUCCCAGUCCAACCUGUCUCUCAGCAGAAACGACAAAAAGAGAAGAAGAAGAAAAAGGAGAAAAAAAAGAGGAAGAAGAAGACCAAAAAGGCCAACACCACAACUAACACCAUCACCAAUUAAGCCAACUGCUUACCCACCAAUCCAUCAUGUCUUCCUCAGCACCACCUUCUCAAAACCCACCACCCGCUCCCUCUCACAAACCGAGUCCCCACAACAACACCCGCCACCCGCACUCCUCAGGCCCACCUCCCUCGCCCUUCGAACCUCAAUCUUCCCAUCCGCCAGCUCCAACGACUCGAACGACUCCCGAGAGUAUCCCGAGUCCUCCGAGCACCGCGUCCCCGAACUGCUAUCGCUCUCGAACUGGCUCUGCAUGCCCGGCGUCGCGCCGCACACGCUGCUGUUGUGGUCCUCGACCGCCUGGUACGCCGACUGCAGCGGCCGCAGCGGCGACGCCACGUGCGGUAUGUGCACGCUCAGCCGCCGCGUCGUGCGCGUGAUCACGCGGUCCAUGCGCGAGGGCGACGUUUGCGCCGGCGUGGGGCAGGGUGUCGAGGCGGGCGAUGACGUCGUCGUCGACGAAAAGUGUGAUGCCGGCGUCAUGUCUGCUGCUGUGAGGUUUUGUGUUGAUGGCGUGAUGGUCGCGGGCGUGGUGUUGAUGAAUGUGAGGGAGCGGAUGAAGGCGCGUCUGCGAGUUUGUACAGGUUAGCGUUUGCUGUUGGUCUGGGCAUGCAUGGGUUGAAGGUGAUUUAUUGGAG